GCAUGAUCGUGUCUCCAGAAGAGGUUACUAAGUAACGGUGUGUAUCCGUCCGCCCCUUUCCCUCUGGUUUCCAUAGAAAGAAGGCCAAGAUGGCGGCGGCGACAGCCGUUAGAGGUGCUGUGUGAGGGGUUUCCAUCAGGUGGUUCCUCCGCCGCGAACACGGAUACGAAGCGCCGGUGGGGAAGCGCGCGAGACAAGCUAGGCUGGGCCAACAACCGUCAGAUAACAUAACGGCUGGGGGGAAAUUAUUGUCUGCCGCUCUCCCAAUAGCCGGGCCUGGAGAGCUUCGGAGGUAUAAUCUUGGUGGUUGGUUGUAUAACAUGGCAGCAGGAGGCAGUCCUUUUGAAGAAGGAAUGGAGGAUCAUGACUUACCCAACUGGGGCAAUGAGAGCCUUGACGAUCGAUUGAACAAUACGAGUUGGGGUGGUCAGCCAAAGAGGCCAAACCGAUCUUCAGAGAAAAACAGGAAAAAAAUCGUUGGUGAAAGUGAAACAAGACUUACUAAUGACAUCUCUCCGGAAUCCACACCAGAAAUUGGACGGAGGAAAUCAAAGACCCCUCAUAGCUUUCCUCAUACUAGAUACAUGACUCAGAUGUCUGUCCCUGAGCAGGCAGAACUGGAAAAGCUUAAGCAAAGAAUAAACUUCAGUGAUUUGGAUCAGAGAAGUAUCGGAAGUGAUUCCCAAGGGAGAGCAACAGCUGCUAACAACAAACGGCAGCUUAAUGAAAACAGAAAGCCAUUCAACUUCCUGUCACUACAGAUUAAUACUAACAAAGGCAAAGAUGCAACAGCAAGCUCUCAAACACAAGAAACUGGUGGAUCAUCACAAUACAAAGACUUACUUACAGCUGCCUUGAGUAAGGAUUUGCUGCAAAAUUUUCCAGUUUCGAUUGAAGAAGGUGGAAGAGGCGAACCUGCUGUGGACAGUAGCCAGAUUGUAAGCAGAUUAGUUCAAAUUCGUGACUAUAUUGCAAAAGCCAGUUUGAUGCGUGAUGACCUUGUUGAGAAAAACGAGAGAUCUGCUAAUGUUGAACGCUUAGCACAUCUCAUAGAUCAUUUGAAGGAGCAGGAGAAGUCUUACCUGAAAUUUUUGCAGAAGAUGCUUGCUAGGGAUCCCCAGCAAGAGGCUACAGAAGAGCUUGCAAAUCUAAAGAAGCAACAUGAUUUACUGAAGAGGAUGUUGCAGCAGCAGGAGCAGCUGAAGGCUCUUCAAGGGAGACAGGCUGCUCUCCUUGCUCUGCAGCACAAAGCUGAGCAAGCCAUUGCCGUCAUGGAUGAUUCUGUUGUAACAGAAACUACAGGUAGCAUUUCAGGAGUGAGUUUAACGUCUGAGUUAAAUGAAGAAUUAAACGACUUAAUACAGCGUUUUCACAACCAGCUUCAUGAGUCUCAGGGUCAGCCUGUGCCUGAUAACAGAAGGCAAGCAGAAAGUCUCUCUCUUACUAGGGAGGUUUCUCAGAGCAGGAAUUCUUCCCUGUCUGAGCAUUUGUCUGAAGAGAAGGCACAACUCUUUAGUAAGAUGAUAGCACUCCAGGGUAAAAAGCAAAAAAUGGACAAAUUACUAGGAGAACUACAUACACUUCGUGAUCACCAUCUUAACAAUUCAUCACUACUGCCUGCCUCCAGCUCACCUCAGAGGAGUGCAGAUCAAAGAAAUCCCAUGUCAGCAGCUCCUGACGUGGCAACUGUCAAUGAAGAAUCUCCCUGCUUACCAUCGUCUGUUGUGUAUCAUCGGGAUUCUGUAACCUCUCAGAAUGAGAGUGAAGACGAUGAACACCUAAACCCAACAGAGAAGCUACAGAAGUUGAAUGAAGCUCGGAAAAGACUGAAUGAAUUGCGUGAAUUAGUCCACUAUUAUGAACAGACUUCUGAUAUGAUGACUGAUGCAGUAAAUGAAAACACUAAAGAGGAAGAAGAAACUGAAGACUCAGAGUGUGAUUCAGAGCAUGAGAAUCCACAUCCAAUUACUAAUAUUAGAAAUCCUCAGGGCGCCAGUAGCUGGGGAGAAAUAAAUUGCAAUAGCAAUUUGCAGUGUGGGACGAAUAACCAUAAUGGGAGGCAUCUUAAUACAGCUUGUGAAAUAAACAACCGGUCUGCUAAUGUAAGAACGCUGAACAUGCCGUCAACUUUAGACUGUCACUAUAAUAGAGAAGAUGAUGAAGGUGCAGAUAUACCACAAGGUGAGGAGGAUGGAGAAGCUGAUCGAGUCAGUGAAGCUUCCUUAUCCAGUCGCAGAAGCAGUGUGGCUGACGAUGCUCCAGUAGACAUGGAGUUUGAGCAGAAGAUUAACAGACUAAUAGCAGCAAAGCAGAAACUGAGGCAGCUUCAGAAUCUUGUUGCUAUGGUACAGGAUGAUGAUGUAGAGCCAGAGGCUGCAGUGAGGGAUAACAUGGGUGAAUUGUUUCUGGCUGAAGAGGAAAAAGAAAAGCAGCAACCGAACAACAUUCGAGCCAGCACGAACAAGUCACAGAAAGGUGUGGUACUGAAUGAAAAAACAAGGGAAAGGUUCUAUGAAGCCAAACUUCAGCAGCAACAGAGAGAACUUAAACAUCUCCAAGAAGAGAGACAGAAGCUGAUAAAGAUUCAGGAAAAAAUCCAGGUGUUGCAGAAGGCUUGUCCAGAUCUUCAGUUGUCAUCUAGCCUAGAUAACUGUCCGGGUAAUGCUUCAACACCGGUAGUUAAUGAAACCAACGCAGCAAGCAAGGCUGUGGUUCAACCAGAAGAAACAUCUGUGGCUGACAGUGAGCUGUGGUCUGAGAUGCGCAGACAUGAGAUUUUAAGAGAGGAAUUGCGGCAGAGAAGAAAGCAGCUUGAAGCUUUAAUGGCUGAACACUUGAGAAGAAAAGAUCUUGUUGAUACCACACUUGGUGGUGCUGCAUCUGUUAGGAGUGAUGGAUCAGAGGCUCAGUGCACUCCUCAGCAAAGCAGAACAGAAAAAACAAUGGCAACAUGGGGAGGGUCCACUCAUUGUGCUCUUGAUGAAGAUGAAGGAGAUGAAGAUGCCUAUCUUUCUGACGGACUUGGUCAAGCAGAAGAGGAAGAAGAGCAAGGAUCUAGUUCCAAUGAGUUUUCCAUGUGUCCCAAUAAUGUAGAUCAGAGUACAUAUUUUGCAAAGGAUGAUAAGGACAGCUGGAAGAAUCCUCGUCCUCUUUCGGCAGAUGGAAAUUACCGUCCUCUGGCUAAAGCAAGGCAGCAGCAGAACAUCAGCAUGCGACGGCAAGAAAACCAUCGCUGGGUGUCUGAACUUUCAUACGUGGAAGAGAAGGAACAGUGGCAAGAACAGAUUAACCAACUGAAGAAACAGCUUGAGUUCAGUGUUAACAUUUGUCAAACUUUAAUGCAGGAUCAGCAGGCCCUCUCCUGUCUCUUGCAAACUUUGCUUACUGGCCCAUACAGUGUGAUGCCAAGUAAUGUUGCUUCACCUCAAGUUCAUCUCAUAAUGCACCAGUUGAAUCAGUGCUAUACACAACUGACUUGGCAACAAAAUAAUGUCCAGAGGUUGAAGCAAAUGUUAAAUGAUCUAAUGCGCCAGCAAGACCAGCAGCAGAAGCAGGAAAGAACACCAAAGAAAGAGAAAAGCAGCAGGGCACCACCGCCUCCCUCACCAACUGUGUUUUGUCCCUUCAGCUUUCCUUCCCAAACAAUGAAUCUUUUUAACAUGCCUGGGUUCACAAAUUUUUCUCCUUUCCCACCAGGUAUCAACUUUGGUUCCAUGUUUCCAUCUGGUUUGGGUGACUUACCACACAACUAUGCUGCUCAAACCAGUGAACAACAGCACCAGCAACCACCCCUAGAACAUAGCACUACUGGGAAAAUGGAAUAUAUGGCGUUUCCAAAGCCCUUUGAAAGUAGUUCCACUGCUGGAGCAGAAAAGCCAAGAGGUGUGAAGCAGCCUGAAGAGGAAGUGGAGAACAGUACACUGACUUGGGUAAAUGACCAUCAGGAUGGAGAAAAGGAGAGCCAGUUGUUCCUCAAGACUGGGUUUGCAGUGCCAGUACAAAAUUCCAUUAAUGGUAAUCAUAAAAGUCAACCUGACACCAGCAGGAGAAGAGAAUUUGACGAAGAAUCUCUUGAGAGCUUUAGUAGCAUGCCAGAUCCAGUGGAUCCUACCACAGUGACAAAAACAUUCAAGCCUAGGAAAGCAUCUGCACAGGCCAGUCUGGCUUCCAAAGACAAAACGCCUAAGUCAAAGACUAAGAGAAGGAAUACUUCCCACUUUAAAAACAGGCCUAAAACUAAAGGUUAUGAAAGUGCCAGUGUUUCUAGUACAUGUGAACCCUACAAGAGCAAUUGGAACAGACACUCCGCUCGGAAGGAAGAAGUUGUCCAUGCAAAAGUAUUCAGUAAAAAGAAUCGGGAGCAACUAGAAAAAAUAAUUAAAUACAGUAGAUCAUCAGAAAUGUCCUCAGAAACAGGCAGUGAUCUUUCUAUGUUUGAAGCUUUGAGAGACACCAUUUAUUCUGAGGUAGCUACAUUGAUAUCUCAAAACGAAUCUCGCCCUCAUUUUCUAAUUGAGCUUUUUCAUGAACUUCAGAUGCUAAAUUCAGACUAUUUGAGGCAACGAGCACUGUAUGCAUUACAGGAUAUCGUAGCCAGGAAUACAUCUGAAGACAACAUAAAAGCAGAAUGUCCAAAACCUCUGAACUCAACGGCAUGGUUAGGAUCCAAUUCAGAACUUACUCCCAGCGAAAGCCUUGCUACUACUGAUGAUGAGACAUUUGAGAAGAACUUUGACCCAGGAGCCUGUAGAGAAUGUGAACAGAAUGAUGCAGACAAUGGCAGUAUUAUGUCUGCAUCUUCAAAUUUUGAACCCUUUGCUACCGAUGAUCUCGGCAACACUGUGAUUCAUUUAGGUCAGGCAUUGGCUCGGAUGAGAGAAUAUGAGCGAGUAAAAAUGGCAGCUGAAAGUAAUCUUGACUCUGAAGAUGGUUGUAGUAGUAAUCCUCAGGUGGCUUCUGCUUCUAAACUGGAAGGUUCAGAUACAAUUGAAGGCCAGUGUGCUCAACAACCUAGCGAAGUAUCUGCUGUUCCUUGUCCACGAAUUGAUACUCAGCAGCUUGACCGGCAAAUUAAAGCUAUCAUGAAAGAGGUGAUCCCUUUUCUGAAGGAACACAUGGACGAGGUAUGUUCUCCGCAGCUCUUGACUUCAGUAAGGCGCAUGGUCUUGACCCUUACACAACAAAAUGAUGAAAGCAAAGAAUUUGUGAAGAUCUUUCAUAAGCAACUUGGUAGCAUAUUGCAGGAUUCACUGGCAAAAUUUGCUGGUAAGAAAUUAAAGGAUUGUGGGGAGGACCUUCUUGUGGAAAUUUCUGAAGUCUUAUUCAAUGAACUAGCCUUCUUCAAACUCAUGCAAGAUUUGGACAACAAUAGCCUAACAGUAAAGCAAAGAUGUAAAAGAAAGAUUGAAGCGGAUGGAAUGAUACAGUCAUAUGCCAAAGAGGCAAAAAAAGCACUAGAGGGAGGAGCUUGUUCAUCUACUGAAGAUAUCGAUGAAGACAAGGAUAAAGAUGAAACUGAAACUGUUAAGCAAAUCCAUGAACCUGCAGUAUAUAACACAGAAGAUCCAAAAAGCAGAGGAUCAGAUGCGUCUGACCAGGAAGAAGAGGAAAGUGAACAUUGUCCCGUAUCCAUAAGCUUGUCUAAAGCAGAAACCCAGGCUCUAACUAAUUAUGGAAGUGGAGAAGAUGAAAAUGAAGAUGAAGAAAUAGAUGAAUUUGAAGAAGGACCUGUAGAUGUCCAAACUUCCCUCCAAGCAAGCAAUGAAACUGUAGCUGAAAAUGAACAAGAGCAGGUUUCACAGCACAAAUUGGAGAAUCCAAACGUCUGCAAUACUGAGUUGGCAUCUGUAAAUGUUGAAGGUGAUCAGAAUGUACCUGCUGUUGUGCCUCCGUAUAUUAAUGUAUUGGAAGAUACUCAGCUUUUACCUGUUAGAGUUGCUGAAGAUCUUAAUCCUAGUGCAGUAUUAACAGUAGAAGAACCAACCCCUUCAUCAGCAGAAAACAAGAAUCAAACAUCAGAAACCGUACACGGAGAAACCAAAUCUUCAUUAGGAUCUCCUGAAAGCUCUGUGGUUGGAAGCCCUGAUACAGAAUCUCCUGUAUUGGUGAAUGAAUAUGAAACAGGUUCUGGAAAUGUCAGUCAGAAAUCAGACGAAGAUGAUUUUGUGAAAGUUGAAGAUCUGCCCCUUAAACUUGCAGUAUACUCAGAGGAAGAUAUAAUGAAGAAAAUGGUGGCAGAAGCCCAGACCAACAACAUUGCCGAGGAAAUACUAGCUGGUCCAGAAAGUCAUGGUGAAGAAUUAGCAGGAGAUCCACAGAUGCUGAAGGAACCGGAGACUUCUGGAGCCCAAAGUGUGUGACAAUACCUCCAGCGCUUCUCCUUGGCUUACCUUCUGUGAAUGCAUAUAGAAAACUCCUCCUAUACUUCACAUGUUCUGAUCUGUAUAAAACUGUAAAUUAGUUUUUUGCUGCCUCUUAGAAUAGGCAUGCUAACUUGCACAUAAAAGCCUAAACCGCUAAAACUGACUUUUCAGUCUUGCUGCACAGUUUCUUUUCUGUCUUACAUUUUUAAUGUAAUUUCAGCAGUUUUAAAUAAAGUUUGACUUGUAUGUGUUUUGAAGGUUGCUAAAUGAAA